ACCUAUGUGAAAGGAAAGGCUCAGAGUGACAUCCUUUGAGCUUGGGCUGGAACAUGUUGCUGAACACCACAUCUUUCAAGAUGGUCCUCCUCAGCAUCCUUAGAAUUCUUCUUUGGGGACUGUUGCUUUUUAUGGAACACAGGGUCCAAAUGACAGAGGUAGGGCAGCCCUCUAUUGCCCUCAUGGCUGAUGCUCCUUCCUUGCCCCUGAUUCAGGAGCUGCUAGAAGAAGCUCCUGGCAAGCAGCAGAGGAAGCCCCAGGUCCUAGGGCAUCCUUUGCAGUACAUGCUGGAGUUGUACCAGCGUUCAGCUGAUGCACGUGGGCACCCUAGGGAGAACCGCACCAUUGGGGCCACCAUGGUGAGGCUGGUGAGACCCUUGUCCACCGUAGCAAGGCCUCUCAGAGGCCCCUGGUGUAUAAAGACCCUGGAUUUUCCUCUGAGACCAAACCAAGUAGCAUACCAACUAGUCAGAGCCAUUGUGGUUUACCGCCAUCAACUCCACCUAGCUCAUUUCCAUCUCUCCUGCCAUGUGGAACCCUGGAUCCAGAAAAGCCAAACCAACCACUUUCCUUCAGGAAGAGGUUCCUCAAAGCCUUCCUUGUUGUCCAAAGCUUGGACAGAGAUGGAUAUCACACAACAUGUUCGGCAAAGGCUCUGGAAUCCCAAAGGACACAGGGUUUUACGACUCCGCUUCAUGUGCCAGCAGCAAAAAGGUAGUGAGAUUCUUGAAUUUCAGUGGCAUGGUACUUCAUCCUUGGACACCGCCUUUUUGUUACUCUAUGUCAAUGACACUCAUAAAAGUGUUCAGAAGGCCAAACUUCACCCCAGAGGCCUGGAGGAGUUCAUGGGAAGGGACUCUUCUCUUCUCUUGCGGAGGACCCGGCAAGCAGGCCGUAUCACAUCUUGGGUCCCUGGCUUCUCCAAGGAACAUGAUGGGCCUAAAAGUAACCAGUGUUCCCUCCACCCUUUCCAGGUCAGCUUCCACCAGCUGGGCUGGGAUCACUGGAUUAUUGCUCCCCACGUAUAUACCCCAAACUACUGUAAAGGAGCCUGCCCUCGGGUACUACACUAUGGUCUCAAUUCCCCCAAUCACGCCAUCAUCCAGAACCUUGUCAAUGAGCUGGUGGACCAGAGUGUCCCUCAGCCCUCCUGUGUUCCUUAUAAGUAUGUUCCCAUUAGCAUCCUUUUGGUUGAGGCAAAUGGGAAUAUCUUGUACAAGGAGUAUGAGGAUAUGAUUGCCCAGUCCUGCACAUGCCGGUGAUAGCAAAGGUAAAGCUAGCUCAGGUGUUCCGAGAA